GCGGGAGGCGCAGAGCUGUCCUUCGCGAUCACCUCCUCCUAUCUCCACGCGAGUCGUGUCAAGUCUGCUGUCGGGGACGGUAGUUGAACCAGCUAGGCUUUGACUCUUACUGCUGAAAAUGUUGAUGACACAUUAGCGUACAGAGACAAGAAUACUGUAUCAUAUUGAUUGUGUUCAUAGUGCGCUGCCUGGUGGAUAAUAUCUAGUGACAUUUCGUGAUAAUUUUACGUGUGACACAACGGUGCUGUCCCAUGAUGUCCGGCAACACAGCAGCCAGCUUCCACACCAGUCAGAGGGGCAAAAGCUUCGCUAUGGAGUAUCUCCUUGGUGGAGGCAGCGGCGGUGGAGGGAAGGAGAGCGUUGGUGGUGGCGGAGGAGCCCUGGCGCCUCUAGGGCUGAGCCUCCCGCACCUGUACAAUACUUGCCUCCUCCCACAUCUUUCAGGUUUGCCUCCCCCUCUACUGCCCUCCUUACCGUAUCCACCCCUACACCACUACCCGCUGCCCCCCGCCCUCGCUGCCGGCUUACAGGGCGCCUUGCCUCCUCCUCUCCUAGGCCUAGCACCUCCAGGGAUGGGGGCCCGCCCCCUGGGUGACCUGACUAGGGGCCGCAGGGAUAUGCUAGGAUUAGAAGGACCCCAGAGCCCAGGCUCAGCUGGAGACCAUACCAACACCUCCGACUCGGACCAUCACGACCAUGACAAGUCAGACGACCUGGCCGAUGACCUCGAGAUCGACCCUGUGGAGAGUGAGGAGGACGAGGGAGGUUCCCCCGCCGACCGUGUCUCCAGGAGCGGUGAUGGUAACGAGGGCGUGGGUGGUGGUGUGGGCGUGGGCGGCAGCAAGUCCAGGAGGCGGCGUACGGCCUUCACGUCGGAGCAGUUAAUGGAGCUGGAGCGAGAAUUCCAGACCAAAAAGUAUCUGACAUUGAGCGAGCGGUCACACAUCGCCCAGACCCUCAACCUGUCCGAGGUUCAGGUGAAAAUUUGGUUUCAAAAUCGUCGAGCUAAAUGGAAGCGCGUGAAGGCUGGUCUGGUGUCUGGGUCGGCGGGCGGGGGUAAGAGCUCCGCGUCCGGCCACAAGAUCAUCGUUCCCAUCCCAGUCCACGUCAACCGCCUCUCCAACCUCUCUCAGUCUCAGCAGAUGGAGAAGUCGGCCGCCAACCCCGGAGUAGCAGCCGGGGCCGCGGGAGGCAUGAACAACAGCAGCGCGGCGCAGCUCCCAUCUAUCAAGCCUAUGGACCCUCAGUCAAGUAUUCAGUCACGACGAUCAGCCUUUCAAGGUUUACCCCAGUCCCUGUCCGUGUCCCUGGGCCAGAACCUCUCUCAGCCACCUCUUCCCGUGUCGGUGCCACAAACCCUCCCGCAGUCGCUGCCGGUAUCCAUGUCACAAACUCUCUCUUCGACCCUUCCGCGCCUCAGCCACGUCCCCUCUCUUGCCUUGUGAAGGGCGGCACACAGGUGACAAAGUUGAAAAUAUCUGUAAGGAGGACUGUUGCUUCCACCGAGAACAGCUGACAGACAAACCCCGCGGAUGGACUCAUGUUGUGGUCCACUGUAUCGGUUGAGUGAGGUGGAAUGAAACAGCCUAUGUUCUCCUGACAAUGUCUGUGGUAUGACACACACACACAGGCUUGGAAUAUAUAUAUAUAUAUAUAUAUAUAUAUAUAUAUAUAUAUAUAUAUAUAUAUAUAUAUAUAUAUAUAUAUAUAUAUAUAUUAAUUCAGAAGUCCACGACUUGGUAAACUGCUUGUAAAGGAAACUUGACCGUUAGACUUGUCAACCACUUUCAGUGUCUGUGUGUGACGCUGCUAACACCUGUUUCUAGGCACUGAGCAAGUGUACAUUAGCACCAGUGUCGUAGGCUACUUGUGCAGGUGUCCAGCGGUGCAGGUCUCGCGCGGCCACAAACUCAACUUGUUUACAGAUUCCGUCCUAAUAUUAGCAAGGCGACGAGAGCGCCACAACACUGUGACGGUCAGCUAAUACACAGUAGUCUCGUGCAGACACAAGUAUUUGUUCUGUUAUAAUGAAUUACCCUAGAACACGUUACUAUGUGUUUGAGACGCUCCAGCUCUUAAAGUGAGUAUCAUACUUGUACUUGGCAACAAAAGAUGCUAAAGAUCCUUAACCCACCGACCUACAGUACUGUAUAGGGUGUAAUCAUUCGUCUACCAGUAACAUGGCGCGUGUCCCAAGGAGCUUCAUGGAACACACGCACUGAGGCUAAUAUGUCAAUAAUACUGUACAGUACUGUACUGUAUUACGAGUAUGAGUAUUGAGAAGUAAAAGUGAUGUUGAUAAGGAAUGUGAAAUUAGAGUUCUCUAUAGUCACACUUCUCAUACUAAGGAUCAGUGUUGUGUAUUAGUGGAAAGUCCUACAUCAGUUUGUUACCCUGCCUACAGCUAGGUCCUCGCCCCAGCAGUUCAUCAUACUCGUUAAAGAAGACUAUUCGACCAUACAAAGGAACUUCUGUUGAGUGAACAGGAGCUGCCCUCACAUCCGUAGAAGGUUGAAACAACAGGUCUUGUCUCCCGCGUGUGACACUGACAUGGGUGCUGCUUACACUUGUAUAACAAAUAUAUAUAUGUGGUGGAUGAGCCAUAGUGGGAGUCCGUCGGGGUAAAGCUAGGAGGAGGCAGUGACAGUGAGGAGUCAGCUGUAAGUCUAAACUUGUAAAUAAUGUGUUAGCCUUGUGUUGUUAACGUUGCUUGUGAAGUAUGCAAGUGACUGUGUAGCAGAAGUGUUCCGGUGAGGCCGCCACUUGUCAUACUACGAAUGUUUGAGUUAAAUUGUCAAUGUUUUUUAGAUUCAGAAAACAUUUCUGGUUUCUGUACAUAGUGUUUAUGUCCUGUACCCCACUUCUCCUUAGUUCACAGGUAAGGCGACACCUGUGAGUACGGCCGACAGUAAUGUACAUAUGUAUUAUACAGAGUAGAGCUAACUAUAAUAUUAUCAGCCAAUUUAAAGCCAUUGAUAUAUCCCCAUGCAAAGAACUGAGUACCCCCGAGUGGUGAGGUGAUGUGUCACGAUUAUCAAUACUCAUCUGUUGUUGACUCGGGGCCACCAUUACACACGGCCAUAUCCUCUUGUGAAUUCUUCCAUUUAUAAAUGUACUCAUACAGUACCGUACUAUCUUCGUUGCUGAAUGUUACAUGAGUCAGAACACUGUCCACCAGCAAGUUUAUAGAUGCCAUGAGUAACACGAGAGUUAUUAAGUUCCUCCCUCCUCUCCUCGUGUUAGGGCGUGCUACUUUACUGUUCCUUGACGGUGUGAGGCGCAGUAACAGCCCCGGUGUGUAUUCUCCACUCUUCCUAAUGUAAAAAUAUAAUAUUAUUGAUGGAUCAACACCUCCCCAUAUUGACAUUAUUCUCAUUGUACCGUAGUGUGAUCCCCCCCAGAGCUAUCACGUGAUUCCUCUCUUUUGUCAGAUUUAAAAGUAAUUUUAUCAAAGAAUUUAUUUGGUUAAUGUUCCAGCUUCUACCACGAACUUCCUGACGUGUACAGUGAGUGAUGGUGGCGGCCGCGGACUAACGAACGAAAUUAAGUUUUUUAAUUUUAUGUCGGAGUAUUUUGGGAUGUAGUGGGACAGGUAACUGACUCAGUGAUGUUCAGCGACGAUUAUUGGUAAGUUAUGGAGGUGAGCCACGCAGAGUCAGCACAUGUUAAUAUAUCAGAGAUUGUGUUUUGUACGGCAGCCCCGCCCCGCCCCGCCCCGCCCCUACACUGACCCAGCCAGCCAUACGGGGCAACUAAUGUUCCUACGUAUAUAUUCAACACCUGAUGUAACCAGGGGUGACAUGCACACUACUGGCGAUAUUUAUACAUAUACUACUAAUAAAGAUACGUUUAUGUAA